AUGGAGCCGAUCAGCGUGGGACGUGCCGCCUGCCGGGAGGUGUGUUCAGUGCGCACAGUUGGUGCUCUGUGGUCACUCGGUGCCAUGAUGUGUGAAGAAGAAGCAGCAGCCCGGGGGGGAUUUGCGCUGCUGCUGCUCCCAGUGACGCGGGAAUAUGUAGCCUUAACUUCCACUCACAAAGAAAAAAAAGAGUUGUGGAGAGGAGCAAUGGGUCGCAAAAGUGCCGCAAAUUCGCUGUUGCUUGGGACGCUCGUGGUGACGCUGCUCUGCACGCGCUCGCUCGGACAGGUGUUCAACCUGACGCUGAGCGUUAAAGAGGGUUUGCCUGCUAAAACCAUCGUUGGGGAUCUGGGAGCCGGGUUAAGCAGGCCAAGCACUGGCUUCUUCAUCUCAGAGAGCAGAGACUCUUACGUGUUCAGGGACUUGGAAAUAGACUCGGACACGGGGAUCAUCUCCACGGCUGUGGUCCUGGACCGAGAGAGCCGGGAUAAGUAUGAGUUCGUGGCGGCCACUCUGACAGGUGAGAUGAUCAGAGUGAAGCUGGAGGUGAAAGACGUGAACGAUCAUUCUCCCGUGUUCCCCUCAGAGGAGGUGGACCUGGAGAUAUCCGAGCUGAGCCCCACUGGGACUCGGUUCCAGCUCGAAGGUGCUAAAGAUGAGGAUGAGGGUGAGUUUGGUACCCAGGGAUACAGGAUCACAGACCGGGAGAUGGGGGAGUUUUUCCAGCUGGAGUAUCGUAGUGGAUCUGAGAGUCUGGAUCUCAUCCUCACCAACAGACUCGACAGAGAGACGCAGGACUUCUACUCCUUCAUCAUCGAGGCCUUCGAUGGCGGCGUCCCGGCCAGGAAGGGGACCCUCCAGGUCAGAAUCCACGUCCUGGAUGAGAACGACAACCCUCCCGUGUUCAACCAGACUGAGUACCACGCCUCGGUGUCUGAGGACGCCAAGGUGAUGUCUGCCGUGUGUCAGGUCCACGCCACGGACUCGGACCUGGGUGAAAACGGGCAAAUCACUUAUGAGAUCAACAGGCGGCAGAGUGACCCCAACGAGGUUUUCUCCAUCAACCAAACCAGCGGAGUGGUGUAUCUGAACAAGCCGCUUGAUUACGAGACUCAAGCUUUCCACGAGUUGAUCAUCAGCGCCACAGAUAACGGCGCCCAGCCGGAGCACAGCAGCACUUUUGUGGGCGUCAAGGUGCUCAACAUCAACGACAACAGCCCCGUCAUCAGCGUGAUGUUCCUCAGCGAGACGGGGGACGCCGUGGUGUCGGAGGCGGCUGCCGUCGGGGAUUACGUCGCCCGGAUUUCAGUGUCAGACCCGGAUUUUAAGGAGGAGUGGGUCACCGUGUCACUGGAGGACGACGAGGGGAAGUUCACCCUGAAGCAGACGGACGACUUCCUGUACGCUCUGUGUGUGAACGCAGAGCUGGACAGAGAAGAUCAGGAUCUGUACGAGCUGAAAGUGAGAGCUUCAGAUUUUGGGAGGCCACCUCUGAGCAGCGAGAGAGUCCUCCUCCUGAGGGUCACUGACACCAACGACUGCCCCCCCUUGUUUGAGAAGGAGGCGUUCAUCACCAGCAUCUCUGAGGAUGCUCCUCAGGGGUCCUCGCUCAUCCAGAUGAGGGCGCGAGAUGCAGACGAGGGCGCCAACUCAGACGUGAGGUACUCCAUCCUGCAGUCCAACCAGGACAGCAGCCUGGUCAGCAUCCACCCCGAGUCGGGCCUGGUUACCACGGCUACAGCUCUGGACCGAGAGACCCAGGUGGAGGUUUCCUUCCUGGUGGUGGCGGCGGACGGAGGGGAACCGGCUCUGUCGUCCACGGCAACGGUCACAGUGCUGGUGGAGGACGUGAACGACAACGAGCCGGUGUUCCAGCAGCAGCUGUACAACGUGUCCAUACCGGAGCACAGUGACGUCGGGAGCUGCUUUCUACAAGUCGUGGCCACGGAUGCAGACAGCCCUGAGUUUGGCGCUCUGCUCUACUCUCUGUCUGACGGCUUCGACAUGCAGGACAAGCACCCUCUCUUUAAGAUCCACCCACAGACCGGAGAGCUGUGCGUCUCUCAGGAUAUAGAUCGAGACGCGGGGCAGACGGUCCACGACAUCCUGAUCAAAGCUGAAGAUCCAGGAGGCCUGAGCGCUCAAACCUACGUGCACAUCGAGGUGGAGGACCAGAACGAUAACGCUCCGGUGUUUGACCCUAACGAGUACACCAUGAGCAUCAGCAGCCACACACAGCCCGGCACAGAGAUCCUCAACGUUAUCGCCACCGACAGAGACUCUGGCAGCUUCGGACAGGUCACCUACGAGCUGCUUCCUGGAGACAUGUCCGGUCUGUUCACGCUGGAUAAACAAACAGGAAUGCUGCUGCUGACCUCCACCCUGACCCACCUCGGAGCAGCCAGUGUGAAGCUCUCCAUAGCAGCUCAUGACGGGGAGGGCGUGGCCUCGCUGCGCCCUGCAGAGGUCACCAUCAACGUUCUACGCAGCGCUCAGGCCCCGGCUGUGUUCCAGAGGUCACGCUACGCCUUCACGGUGCCUGAGGACGCUCCGCCCGGGACGCCUGUCGGGACGGUGGAGGCCAUGAACCCAGCAGACUCCUCGGAGUCCGUCUCCUACCGGAUCUCCUCUGGAGACCCUCAGGGUUUGUUCUCUGCUCACCCGAAGUCGGGCCUGAUCAUCAACGUGAAGCCUCUGGACCACGAGUCUCAGCCGUACGCGCUGCUGGUCCUCCAGUCCUACACCGACUCGUCUCCGGUUUACAGCACCACGCAGGUCAACAUCACCAUCGCUGACGUCAACGACAACGCUCCCGUUUUCCCUAAACUCAGCGACUCCAUCACCGUGUCCCAGAACACGCUCCCGGGGACGGUGCUGUUCAUCGCUCACGCACACGACUAUGACAGCGGCGCCAACGGGAGGGUCCGCUAUCACCUGAAAAGCACCAGAAACGGUACAUUUGUCGUCGACCACAACCUCGGCACGGUUAUAUUGAAUCAGAGUCUCCAGGUGGAUCAUCAGCAGAGAUAUAACCUGGAGAUUGUGGCUAAAGAUGAAGGAGAACACCCCCGGAGCUCCACGCUGACCCUCGCCGUAAACGUGGACCGCACCGCCGCCGAGGACAGCCUCGCCUUCGAGACUCUCGUCUACCAGGUGGAGAUCGGUGAGGGCUACCGGAAGGAUUCGAGGGUCAUCCAGGUGAGGGCGCACCGGAGCCGGGGAGCCCACACCUCCAACUCAGGCCUCGCCUACUCACUGGAGGCAGAAGCUGGAUUUCCACCUGCUCCGUUUCGGAUUCACCCGAAGACCGGAUGGUUGUACCUCGCCCAGAGUCUCGACUACGAGACCGAGUCCAGGUAUCGCUUCCGAGUGGCGGCCGCAGCCGGGGACGCCUCGCUGGGGAACAUGACGGCCACGGCCACGGUGAUUGUUCUGGUGCUGGACAUCAACGACAACGCCCCGGCGUUCAGCAGCGACGUGUACUACUUCACCGUGUCGGAGGGGCCGGCGCCUCAAGGCCUGGUGGGGACGGUCAGGGCCGUGGACGAGGAUUCUGGGAAAAACGCCCAGCUGUCCUACAUCCUGCUCACAGACGGGAAGUUCUUUCGCAUCAACACUAAAACAGGGGAAAUUAUAAACUGGGUGGCUUUGGACCGGGAGCAGCACAGCCAGCACAGUCUGAAGGUGAUGGUGACGGACCAGGGACGCCCUCGGCUCAACGCCACCGCCACCGUCCACAUCCUGGUCACUGACAUCAACGACAACAUCCCACAGUUUACACACCUGCCUGCCAGCAAGGAGCUCAAUGUCCAGAUAUGGGCCGGUCUACCAGCAGGAUCGCUGGUGACAAACAUGUUUGCAAAAGAUUUAGAUGCAGGAGAAAAUGGAACAGUCACCUUCUCAUUAGUCACAGUUGAUUUAGAGGACGAGAUGUUUGCACACUUUGAGAUUGACCGUGACAGUGGAGACGUCCGAACGACGGAUCUUUUCAGCCAGAGCGCAGAACUGUACUACACUCUAAGAGUAACAGCGAGGGAUGGUGGAGCUGCUCCUCUGCAGGACACAGCAGUCAUUCAUCUGCAGGUUCAUGGAUUAGAGGCUCUUUACGGCCACUCUGACCACCAAAUAGUGCGUCGUUUCACGGUGAAAGAGGACACGGAGCCUGCGACCGUUAUCGGCUCUGCCAGCGUGUCAUUUAAAGGCAGAUUCCACUACUCCAUCUCCGAGGGCGACGGCAGCGUUCACUUCGGCGUCGACAGCUCCUCCGGCGACAUCUACGUCAACCAGCCGCUGGACUACGAGGCCGCCAUGCAGUACUUCCUCACGGUGCGAGCCGAAGACGUGGCGCUCUCUCCUGGAGUCAACAAGUCGGUGCUGGUCACCGUGAUGGUGGAGGACGUGAACGACCACACGCCCUGGUUCCCCGAUAAACUGGUGAUGUUCGGCCUGUCGGAGGACGCUCCAGUCGGAUCGCUGGCGUUCGCUUUUCACGCCAGGGACGCUGACGGGACCUUUGCUAACAGCGCGCUCCGCUACUCCCUGACCUCUGACCCCGACCUCAGCAGGUCUUCCUCACGCUUCCCCUUUCAGAUCAACCCUCACACAGGAACCCUGACCGUGAGGGCGCCUUUGGACCGGGAGACCAACCCCAGCUUCGCCUUCACCGUGACCACCACCGACCUGGCGAAGAGGAAAGACGAGCGGAAACAGACGUCGGUGACGGCUCAGGUGUUCCUGCUGGACGUGAACGAUAACCGGCCCGUGUUUGUGUCAGCGGACUCUGUCCAGGUGAUGGAGGACGCAGAGGCGGGGAGUCUGCUGCAUCAUUUCGUGGCCAUAGACGGAGAUCUGGGGGAAAACGGGGUCGUCUCCUACGUCAUCAUAGCUGGAAACAAGCAAGGAUUCUUCACACUGGAGGAGAAAACAGGCCUCUUGUUUCUCUCUGCCCCUCUGGAUUAUGAGACACAACGUUUCCAUCGUCUGACGGUCCGUGCGGUCGACCACGGCCUGCCCUCGCUCUCCUCCACUCAGACUCUGACGGUGGAGGUCGGGGACGUGAACGACCAGGCGCCGGUCUUCAGUCAGAGCGUCUACAACGCCAGCGUGGCGGAGAACAGAGACCCUGGAGAGCCAGUGUUCAGGGUAUCCGCCACUGAUGAAGAUUCAGAGGAGAACGCCGUGGUGUGGUACACUCUGCUGCCCGGCCCCGGCUACCAGCUCUUCAGCAUCAACCCUUACACCGGCCUCAUCACCACCACCUCCUACCUGGACAGAGAGCAGCAGCAGCACUUCACUCUCAGAGUCCAGGCUCGUGACAGCGGCUCGCGGCCUCUGUCGGGCACGGCCACGGUGCUGUGCUCGGUGCUGGACGACAAUGACAACCCUCCAGAGUUCAUGCAGUCAUCGUUCCAGAUCAGCCUGCCAGAAAACCUUCCUCCGGGGGUGGUCCACACUGCUCAGGCCUCCGAUCCAGACCACGGAGAAAAUGGAACGAUACACUACUCCAUUUUAGGUGACGACUACAGAGGUCGCUUCACCAUCAACAGCCACUCCGGCGUUGUGAGCACCACGCAGCUCCUCGACCGUGAGGAGAAGCAGAACUACACCCUCACCAUCCAGGCCCGCGACUACGGCCCCGCCCCCCUCAGCUCCUCCACCCAGCUCCAGCUGCUGCUGCUGGACCAGAACGACAACAUCCCCUCCUUCAGCCGCAAGAGCUACCACGCCUCCGUCAGCGAGAGUUUACCUGCCGGCGUGGAGGUCCUGCGUGUCAGCGCCUUCGAUCCCGACGAGGGGUCCAACGGGGACCUGACCUACUCCCUGGCGGAGGACAGCAGCCAGGGCGCCUUCUCAGUGGACGCUGUCACAGGAGUGAUCCGCACCACCAGGGCUCUGGACCGAGAGACCCGGGCCCAGUUCACCCUCAGAGCCGUGGCGACUGACGGCUGCAGCCAGGGACCGCUGAGCUCCGCGGCGUCGGUCACCGUUACGGUGGAGGACGUGAACGACAACGUGCCGGUCUGUGAGCAGAACCCCAUGAACGCAUGGGUUUCUAUGAGGACUCUACCAAACCAGAUAGUUACCACGGUGAUGGCAACAGAUGGCGACCAGGGUGAUAACGGGACCAUUCAGUUCAUGUUGUACGACGAGGAGAAUCUGUUCGACAUCAACAGCGAGUCUGGAGAGAUUUCACUCAGGAGACGAGUCAGAGCAGGUUUCUCUGGGAGGAAGCUGCAGGUCGUUGUUUCAGACAGAGGACGACCUCCUUUAACCUCCACCUGCCUGGUUUUCAUCCACCUGAAGGGAGAACACGAAGGACUGCAGUUCAUAAACAAAGUGUACAACGCUACUGUCAAGGAGAACACUAGAGCCGGCACUUGGAUUGCCAAAGUGGAGGCCAGCGACCAAACCAACAGCAGACAAAGGAUCACAUACACCAUAUUUAGUGGCAACGAGAAUCAUGUUUUCUCCAUCAACCGGCACACGGGUGAGGUCCGUGUGCAGAAAGAUAACUCUCUGGACUUCGAGGCGAGCCCUCAGAUCCAGCUGGUGGUUCUGGCUGACAACGGGCUGCAGACAGCUCACUGCAGGGUCUCCAUCACUCUGCUGGAUGUCAAUGACAACGCACCAGUGUUUGAACACCACAGCUACAGAACAGCUGUCUGGGAGGGGCAAGUCCACAACACCUACAUCAUGCAGGUGUUAGCAUCUGAUGCUGACAGCGGGAUCAACGGUCAGAUUGAGUACUCCAUUGUAUCCGGUAAUCCUAAUGAAGCAUUCAUCUUGGAUUCUGUUCGAGGGAUUCUGGCUACAAAUGUCUUGCUGGACCGUGAGAUCACCCCCCAAUAUAAGCUGGUUCUGCAGGCCGCAGACAGGGGGAACCCUCCGCUCACAAGCACUGCCACCAUCAGGGUCCAAGUGGUGGACGUCAAUGACAACAGCCCUGCCAUCCCCCCCAUGGAGCCUGUGGUCAUAGCAGAGAAUCUUCCUGCAGGUUACAUGGUCACGCAGGUGACUGCAAACGACGUGGACCUGAGCUCAACCAUCACAUACAGCUUCUCAGAUAACAGCAGCACCAACGUUCCCUUUGCUAUCGACCGAUAUACUGGUGUGGUGACCCUGACUCGAGCUCUCGACUACGAGGAGCAGACGGAGUACACGUUGACCGUCUGGGCCUCUGAUUCGCUCCACCAGACCACUGGAGAGGUCAAAGUUCAAGUGCUUGACGUCAAUGACAACGCGCCAGUCUUUACUAAGGUCUCCUAUCAGGUGGAGUUGUCAGAGUUGGUUUCUGCUGACACGUUAGUUUUGUCAGUGUCUGCUACUGACAGAGACUCUGGACUCAAUGGGAAGAUCACCUACAGACUGCUUUCAUCUCCUUUACAAGGCUUUUACAUAGAGCCAGACAAUGGGUCUGUUUUCACCAACAAGCCCUUGAAAGCCAUCACAAACAGUAACCUGAUCCAUCUUCUGGUUGAGGCCAAAGACGAUGGCGACCCCGUGCUGUCUACUGUCACCUCCAUAGAUGUCCUGAUUCUGGACACCAACGACCACGCACCUUUGUUCCACCAGGACAUCUAUACGCUCACCGUCCCAGAGGACACCCCAACAGACACCACCUUACUGACGCUGUCUGCUGAAGACCAAGAUUGGAGCCCUGAAAACACCCAUCUGGACUACGCCAUCAUCAGGGGGAAUGAGGAAAAGCGAUUCUGUCUGGAAGUCAAAAUGCUUCAGGUGGAGAACCAGAUGAAGAAUGUCGGAAAGCUUGUUCUGUGCAAUCCUUUAGACCGUGAGACCACGGAGAGCUAUGCACUAACAGUGAGUGUGUCUGAUCGAGGAACACCUCCACUCAACAGCUCUGCUGUUGUCAUGGUGACUGUGACAGACUGCAAUGAUAACGCCCCGGUGUUUUCCAACACAGAAUAUCAUGCACAGGUGAGUGAAAAAAGCCAUGUAGGUACCAGGCUGGUCCAGGUCAGCGCUCAGGAUCCUGACCUGGGAACCAACGGCCUUUUGCGGUACGACAUUAUCUCAGGCAACAGCAAAGGUCACCUCAAGCUAGACCCUCACUCUGGCCUUCUGGUGGUCAACGACUCCCUCGACCAUGAGGAAGACUCAAAAUAUACCCUCACCAUCCGGGUAUCUGAUGGUGGUGAAUCAUCUGAAGAACGUAAAGUGGCUUUUACAGUCGUCUUCAUCACAGUGUUGGAUGAAAAUGACAACACUCCAUACUUCAUGUUCUCUACUUUUAACUGUUCUGUCCUGGAGAAUCUCCCAGCGUUUACCCACACCUGUUCCAUCCAUGCUGUUGACAAUGACUCGGGCCCCUACGGCCAGCUCACCUACUCUAUUGUGUCCUCCUGCUUCAUGGACUAUGGCAGUGGCAGCCCUGAGAAGAGGGAGGCCUUCGCCAUUGACCCCCUAACAGGGGACAUCCACACCAGACAGACCUUUGAUUACGAACGCGAGAAUGAGUACUGCUUUAUAGUGGAGGCCAGGGACAAAGGCGAUAAAGCAGCUACCGUGAGAGUGCAGGUGUCCAUCAAGGGGGUGGAUGAGUUCAGUCCAGCCUUCACCCAGAAGCAGUACCAUUUCCUCCUGCCAGAAAACGCCAAGCCUGGAGAGACGGUCGGUUAUGUGAUGGCGAUGGACCAUGAUGGAGGCGUUGACGGGACGGUGGAGUACUCCCUUGUGAAGUCAUCACCGUUUUUCUCAAUAAACAAAACAAUUGGUGCCAUUUUUGUGUCGGGUCCUGUAUUUCGCAGAAGAGGCAGCUACGGCAGUGACGACAUGGUGGAGUUGGUCGUCUCUGCAGGUAGUCCCAGGUUGGCCUCCAGGACCACGGCCUGCCUGGUUUUCGUCAAUAUCUCCAGCUCAGCAGAAGCACUCACCGGGGUGCCUCUUGAUGCGCAUAUGCUCAGUUUGAGCGUCUCACUAAUAAUGUUCCUCCUUGUCCUCCUCCUUUUUGUGGGCUUAGUUCUCAGGUACAAGAUCAAGGAAGCGGCCAUCAAAAAGGCCGCUUCUAUUGCGGCAAACUUGAACCAUGGUGCAGGUUCGUUCCGUAGAUCCAACAGCCAAAGUGCGAUCUCUCUGCAUGAGAUAAAACGGCCCAGCAUCUUAGUGACCAAGAGGGACUUAUCAAACACUUACAAUCAGUCAGACUCAAGCGGCCGUGGAUCAGCAGAAGGUGAGACAGCUGAGGACCAGGAGAUCAAGUGGAUUAAUCAGAACCCCUGCCGCAAAAGAGACGAUUCGGCACCAGGGAACCAGGCCGCAGAGAUCCCAGAUUCUGCUUUACCUGGGGACAAUAUCUCCUGCCACUCUAUUGAUGUAGGGCCAGAGCACAUUUUAUCUGUAAAUAAACGUUUUGUUUCAGGGAUGGCCAGCACAGAGAGCCUCCACCAUUUCAAAGAAGAGGGGGGAGGUGAGGGACUACUUCCUGCAAUACUUAGAGUGAGGGAUUUGGAAGAAUGCAUGAGGACAAGUGGGUAUGCUCCGCUCUCGGAGGCCGAGGCCUCUGCAGAUUCUCUCUCUUCACUGGUGUGUCUGGAGGAGCAGCUGCAGGGCAGCUAUAACUGGGACUACGUACUGGACUGGGAGCCACGCUUCCAGACUCUGGCCUCUGUUUUCACAGAUAUUGGGAUGCUCCCUGACGAGGAGCUUCAAGGUGGCCGUGAGGACUUAGCAGCAGAGGCAAGUUGUCUCAUGUACCCACCGCCUCUAAUAACGGGUGUGGCUCAGCCUGGCAUUAGGACUGUACCUCCACGAAAGCCGGGACGCAUGCCAAGUCUGAGAAGAAAGCGAUCUUUCCCCAAAUAUGCAUAUUCCCCCUUAGCCAGGAACACGGGACUCACCCCUUCAGCCAUGACGCCCAAUUUUUCCCCGUCACUGUCUUCUCUCACCAUUAGGACUCCCAGUGCCUCACCUGUUGUCUCUGAGACCGGGGUGGGAGGCAUCAGAUUCGACUCCGGGCCCCUCACUGCCAGCCUAUUGGAGUCAGAAAUCCAGGUGUAGACAUGGACUUUGAUCAACUUUAUCUCAGAUAUUAAAUUCCAUCUUUCAUUCACCAUUGAAGGGAUUUCCAUGAGUAUUUUUAAGGGUCACAAUUUAGUUUUUCAUUUUGGGUAAUUGACAACAUUCAUCCCAUUUUUAUGGUUUUUAGACUCAUGAGUUUAGUCUCAAAGGGGCAAUAAGAGACAAAGUUGCCAUUUGAACAUCAUGUAGUCAUGUAAUUACUUAGAUUGAGGUUGAUUUCAUAACUUGCUUCAGUAAUAAAACAAAUAUCUGGGAAAGCCCGAACUCCAUCUUGCAUUAUAUUCUUAUAUAAUGCAGCACUUUGAAUAAGAGCAGAUGUUCGAGCCGGUUAUUAAUUAUUGAAAGUUUUAUUGUAAACAUAUUUAUAUGUGCAGAAAAUGAAACACUUCGUUAUUGCAAUUGGUUGCAGCUUCUAAAUGGCAACCUUUCAAGCUUUGUUUAACUUUAUUAAGCAAAGAAAGGCAACAUUGUUCUGUGGUUAAGUCUAUCUUCCCUUGGAAUCAUAAAAAACGGGGUUUUGAAUACAGACUCAUUUUUGCCUCCCUCGUCUUUAAUAUGUUCUGCCA